AACCGAAAGAAAGCCAACAAAAAAUUUCAAUCGGGUGGAUUAUUGUGGGCUAUCCGAGAAACUUUGAUUUCGAUAAUACGGACGUAAUACUCAAAAGUGAUAAAUAUCUUGUUUCAGAAAACGGAACUCACUUUGUAGCUAAAGACCUAGGUUACGAAGAUAAGGAGCGUUCAACUGGCUGCAUAUUAUGUACGUGUGUAAUUGAAGCUCCAGAAAAAACUGAGUCUCAAUAUAAUCCGUACAAAUCACCAUUAAUUUUUGGUACACAUUUUGAUACAAAUGACAAUUCUGCAUGUAUAUUUACUAAUGAAGUCGAAAAUAAUGUAGUUCCUAGAUUGAAAUUAUUUUCUAGUAGGGGUAACUCUGGACAGAUUAAUAUUAAAUGGAGUCAGAUUAAUAUUAAAUGGAAAGAUGCCUUUACAUUUCUGUCUGGUAGAAAUUGUUCAAACGUUCAACUGUACCACGGAACUUUAAAUGUAGAUGUAGGUUCUAAGAAAGCUACUAACGGAAAAGAAAAACAUUCUAAGAAUUCUGAGACUCCUAUAUUAUUAGUCAAUCAGCUUGUUGAUGAUUGUUCAACAAACGUUCAUGGAUUCCUCAAUGUAAAAGAUGUAAAGGUAGAUAAUGUAGAUAUAGAUUCUGUCGGAGUUAUUUAUGGUUCAUUGAAUUCAAGACUCUCAAAAGAAGACGGGAAAAUAGCCUAUCUGGUAGUUCACAAAACCUAA